AUGCAGGCCCGGGUUUUGCGAGAUCAAUUACUCCUUUCUUCCAGACAGCACGAUCUGCGCUGCGUCAGGGUUAAUGCUGUCAGUACCUUUGCAGCAUGCUUUGAGAAGACAAAUGGAGCUGCUCCGCAUGUUAAUAUUGGUACAAUUGGUCACGUCGAUCACGGAAAGACUACAUUGACUGCCGCUAUUACCAAGAGGGCAAGCGAGAGAGAGGGAAUGGCCAAUUUCCUCGAAUACGGUGCCAUUGACAAGGCUCCCGAAGAGCGAAAGCGUGGUAUCACCAUCUCGACUGCCCAUAUCGAAUAUGCCACUGAAGCCCGCCACUACUCCCACGUCGACUGUCCCGGUCACGCAGAUUACAUCAAGAACAUGAUUACUGGAGCUGCCAACAUGGACGGAGCUGUAAUUGUCGUUGCUGCUUCUGACGGACAAAUGCCUCAAACCCGUGAGCAUCUUUUGCUUGCCCGUCAAGUCGGUGUUCAAAAGAUUGUCGUUUUCGUCAACAAGGUCGAUGCUCUUGAGGACCCUGAGAUGUUGGAGUUGGUCGAGAUGGAGAUGCGUGAUCUCCUUAGCACAUACGGAUUCGAAGGAGAAGAGACACCUAUCAUUCUUGGAUCCGCCCUUUGCGCACUCGAGGGCCGCAGACCAGAAAUUGGAACCGAGAAGAUCGAUGAGUUGAUGAACGCAGUUGAUACUUGGAUCCCAACCCCACAACGUGACCUCGACAAGCCUUUCCUCAUGUCCGUUGAGGAUGUUUUCUCCAUCCCAGGUCGUGGAACUGUUGCCUCUGGUCGUGUCGAGCGUGGUGUCCUCAAGAAGGAUUCCGAAGUCGAGAUUGUUGGAAAGGGAGACCAAGUCAUCAAGACUAAGGUCACCGAUAUCGAGACUUUCAAGAAGUCCUGCGACGAAUCUCGUGCAGGAGACAACUCCGGUCUUUUGCUCCGUGGUAUCAAGCGUGAAGAUGUCCGACGUGGAAUGGUCAUUUCCGCUCCAGGACACACCAAGGCCCACACCAAAUUCCUCGUCUCCAUGUACGUUCUCACCAAGGAAGAAGGAGGACGCCACACUGGUUUCCACCAAAACUACCGCCCACAAAUCUUCAUCAGAACUGCUGAUGAAGCUGCUGCUCUCCACUUCCCCGACGGAACUGAAGACGCCGAUUCCAAGAUGGUCAUGCCAGGUGACAAUGUCGAGAUGCAAUGUGAGAUUGAGAAGCCUUGCGCUUUGGACGUUGGUCAGCGUUUCAACAUUCGUGAGGGAGGACGAACCGUCGCCACUGGAUUGGUUACCAGAAUCAUCAAGUAA